AUGGUGUCCACGAGCCGGCAGAUGCUAGGGGUAAGCCUAGGCAUUAUUGGCUUCAUAGGGACCAUCAUUAUUUGUACUCUUCCAAUGUGGAGGGUGACGGCCUUCAUCGGAGCCAACAUCGUGACAGCGCAGAUCAUCUGGGAGGGCCUGUGGAUGAACUGUGUGAUGCAGAGCACGGGUCAGAUGCAGUGCAAGAUCUACGACUCCAUGCUGGCGCUGCCUCAGGAUCUGCAGGCCGCCCGAGCUCUGAUCGUCAUCUCCAUCCUCGUCUGUGUGUUCGGCGUCUUGCUGGGAACCGUCGGAGCCAAGUGCACCAACUUUGUGGAGAACGAGACGACCAAGGCCAAGGUAGCUAUCGCCAGUGGCGUGACCUUCAUCAUCGCCGGGGUCCUCUGCCUCAUUCCGGUCUGCUGGUCCACCAACAGCAUCAUCCAGGAAUUCUACAACCCCAUUGUUAUCUCGGCUCAGAAGAGGGAGCUCGUGACAAUGGCAUCGAUGGGUCUGCAGUUGUUGGCUGCCACUCUGGCCAUAAUCGGCUAUGUCGGGGUGAUCGUCGUUUGCGGCCUGCCCAUGUGGAGGGUCACUGCUUUCAUCGGAGACAACAUAGUUACAUCACAGAUCUUCUGGGAGGGCAUCUGGAUGAACUGCGUGGUGCAGAGCACGGGGCAAAUGCAGUGCAAGGUCUACGACUCCAUGCUGGCGCUCUCUUCAGACCUGCAGGCCGCCCGUGCCAUGAUGGUCGUCUCGCUGGUGGUAGGCAUCGCUGGGAUUGGUUUGGCAUUCGCUGCCGGCAAGUGCACCAACAUGAUCGCGGAGGGAAACGGCAAAGCAAAAGCUACUGUGGCUGCUGGAGUGGUUUUAAUCAUCUCGGGUAUCCUCUGCAUCAUCCCUGUGUCCUGGACAGCCAGUGUGGUCAUACAGGAUUUCUACAACCCUUUGCUGGUCAGCGCACAGAAGCGUGAGCUUGGGGCUUCGCUCUACAUCGGAUGGGGAGCAGGAUUACUCUUGGUGCUGGGAGGAGCACUGUUUUGUGCCGCUUGCCGACAGGACGAUCGUCCACCAUCUGUCAGAUAUCAAUCAGCCAGCAAGUCCCAGGUAUUCAGCUCAAAGAGUUCAGCACCGAGGUCCAUCACGUCAAUAUCUAAGACCUACAUCUAG